AUGAUGGGGAGGACACCAUUAAGUGAUGAAAGUGGUUUGAAGAAAGGGCCUUGGACCCCAGAAGAGGAUAGUAUAUUGAUGAAUUACAUUCAGAAACACGGCCAUGGAAGUUGGAGAGCACUUCCAAAGCUUGCAGGAUUGAACAGGUGUGGGAAGAGUUGCAGGCUAAGGUGGACUAACUAUUUGAGGCCUGAUAUCAAAAGAGGAAAGUUCUCUGAGGAAGAAGAACAAGUCAUCAUCAAUUUACAUGGAGCUCUCGGAAAUAAGUGGUCAGCUAUAGCAGGUCAUCUACCAGGGAGGACUGAUAAUGAAAUUAAGAAUUUCUGGAACACACAUUUAAAGAAAAAGCUUAUGCAAAUGGGGUUAGAUCCAGUUACCCAUCGUCCAAGAUUAGAUCACCUUAAUAUUCUAUCCAAUCUCCAACAGUUGCUGGCUGCUACAAACUUUGUUAAUAGUUUUACAAACACUUGGGACAUUAAUGCUCUAAGGCUGCAAUCAGAUGCCACACAACUAGCCAAACUCCAAUUGCUGCAGAACAUACUUCAAGUCCUUGGUUCCAAUCCUACCUCAAACUUGGAGCUACUCAAUCCAUUUGGACCAUCAUCCUCAGUGCCAGACGGUUUUCUACAUGAAGUUUUAGGAUUGAAUCAGUCUAUGCUCCAAAACCUUUGUAAUAGUUCAGCUGGUUUUCCCUCUCAAAAUCAGCCCAAUUUCCAAAGCUUUGAAGCCCCUCAUCAGCAGCAGCCAGCUCAACUCAAUGGGCAUCACCACAUGAAUGGUGGCAGCAGUAGUAGUAGUUGCAUGAAGUCUCAAAAGGUUGAGGAACAAGUUGAUGCCACAAAUUCUUCAUCAACACUAUUCAAUUCGCUUCCAAAUCUGGUUUCAGCCUCACCUGAAUGUUCCACUGUCAAGCAAAUGGAAAACAAGGUGAACCCAAAUGAGUGCUCUAACCCUUCUUCCACUUCAACCGGAUUUGAAAUGUUGGGAGAUUUCAUGUAUGAGGAAGUAAGCGAUGCCUAUUGGAAAGAUUUCAUAGAGUAA